GUUUACUGUGGUCUUGUGCUGAAUUUUCAUUAUGUGUAAAAGCUUUAGAGAGCAUUUGGUACGCCGUGUGUGUUGCUGUUAGACAAUGAAUGCUGGGACUCUCCAAAGCAGACAACGACAUCAUGCAUACAGACUACAUAUAGUGACAUGGAACGUUGGCACAGCAGAUCCUCCAGUUGACGUGAGGUCACUGUUACAGCUUGACUUGGAGACUGAUCUUUAUGUGAUAGGUCUGCAGGAGGUGAGAGCCACUCCAGUGAAGUAUAUGUCUGAUCUGAUAGCAGAAGAUUCAUGGAGCCACCUCUUCAUGAACACACUUGUACCAAACGGCUUUGUCAAGGUGACUUCUGUGAGGAUGCAGGGUCUCCUCCUCCUCCUGUUUGCUAAACAGGCUCAUCUUCCCUUUAUCCGUGACAUGCAGACCACAUACACCCGCACCGGAUUCUUUGGAUAUUGGGGGAAUAAAGGUGGUGUGUCGGUGCGGUUCUCCUUCUAUGGCCACAUGCUGUGCUUCCUAAAUUGCCACCUAGCAGCACACAUGAACUAUGCUAUGCAGCGUGUGCAUGAGUUUGAGUACAUCCUAAGCUCGCAAGAUUUCGACUUCAACAAUACACAACAUGUGCUUGACCACAAGGUGGUGUUUUGGUUUGGUGAUCUCAACUUCCGCAUUGCAGAUCACGGCCUGCACUUCCUGCGCUCCUCCAUCAACAGUGGUCGCUUCAACCUGCUGUGGAAUAAAGACCAAUUGGUGAUGAUGAAAAAGAAGGAGCCGCUAUUGCAGGAGUUUGAAGAAGGACCUCUAGACUUCAAACCAACAUACAAAUUUAGCCGCUUCUCUGAGGCCUAUGACAUGAGCGGAAAGAAACGGAAGCCGGCCUGGACUGAUCGGAUCCUGUGGAGGAUAAAGCCUAAAUGCUCACAAGAUGAGGAAGAGAGUAGCUCAACAACAUCAUCAGCAGACAAAAAAGACUUUUCUUUGAAGGUGUCACAGCACAAGUACACCUGCGACACAUCAUACGGUGUUAGUGACCAUAAACCUGUCAUCGGCACUUUCACCCUGGAGAUGCAGAAGAAGGUGGAGAAGCCGUUAGUGUGUGUGAGUGCUGAGGGCCACUGGAGUGCUGAUGAGGACGCAGUCCUGACUUACAGCAUCCAGGAUAACUUUGCUGCCUGCACCUCGGACUGGAUUGGCCUCUACAAGACUAACUUCAAGAGUCCCUCUGAUUACAUUACCUUUGUGUGGGUCAAGGAGGAUGAGAUUGCUGAAGUCAGUGAAGUGGUUCAGUUGAGAAUGAAUAAAGAUGACCUCCCCUUGCUGGCAGGGGAUUACAUUCUGGGUUACUACAGCAGGAACAUGCAGUCCCUGGUGGGCCUGAGCCCUACUUUUCAGAUAAUGGAAUCUAGGUUUGCUCUACUGGAAGACUUGGUGCCUGAGAAUGUUGAUGGAUUGCAGCCACAGUAACUUCAUCCACAGAUAAAAACUGAAUGUUUAAUAGUCAAAAAUCUCAGACUAAACUGAUACUGUACAUGUACUGUACAUUACUGUAGUGUACAGGCUCUAAGCAUGGGAGCUGAUCACACCACUAUUCCUUCUUCUCCUAUACGGUGCCUUCUUCAUUGAGCACACAACCCAUCCGCUGUGCAAAAACAUACUCUUUAAUAAGUCAAAUGACAAUCAGUGACAUUUGGGCAAAUUUUCCUCAUUCCAUGGACACAGAUUGAAAAGCAUAUGUAUAAAUAAAAACAGGGUGAAAGCUCACUGAAAAAGGAUGAGAUUGGCUGAAUAAUAUACUGAGUGUUGAUGAUUAGCCAGUAGUGUGUAGAUAUUUACACAAAGUGUAAUCUGCAGUAGCUGAACUCAAAGUUCUAAUUAAAGGAGUUUCAGUUGUGCCGACAUCCUCUAAUUCUAGCCAGAGUUCUCACAAAUCAGAGCAAGGGGAAAUCUGAGCAAAUCUGUCAUGUAUAGUGGCCAGCAAAUGAGAAAAUUAGGAAAACCAAAAUGUUACUAAUUGAAAAAAGUACAGUCUACAUCACUUGAUUAUUCAAGUAUAAAAAAAGCCCAAUUAGGCAUCUGCUUAGUUCAUACUGUAUCAAGAAUAUUUGGCUCAUUUUUCAUUUUUUUAUGAAAUGAAAAACACUUAGAACAUGGGACUAAUAUAUUAAAGGCUGUUCUGGUAAUACAAACUGCAUGGGCCUGCAUUGCUCAUUAAUCUGAAUAUGAGACUAAAGAUGGUAAGAUUUCCUUUAAAGUAAUACAGUAAAUACAGUACAUAAGAGAGAGAGUGUCCAGUGAACUGACUCCUGGUGUAAACAAUGCUGAAAUACUUUAUAAAGGUAGCAUAAUGUUAUUAUAAUCAAUCAAGAUGGCAAAAUUGUUAGGAACAUGACAUCCGAUUUGCAAAGUCAUGUGUGCAGUGCAAUGCCAACCAGAUUCUCAUUCACUGUUUAUCAAAUUUUGAGUAAAAAGAAAUGAAAAGACACUUUGUGACACUGUGCAUUUUACAUGUGAGACCCACAUUUACAGCAUGUGGUUUAUAGGCUAAUAUACAGUGGUCUCAUUCUUAGUGCGUGAAUCAUCCAGCAUGAAAGAAAGCUCUUCAUAACAUUUGUAAAUUUUAGACAGAUUAGUGUGUAUCUUAUAGUCCAUGCAUUUGUAUACUCUAUUAAAGCAUCUGCAUAGAUCUGAAAAUCCUUCAGAAUUAACACACUUGUCCAGUCUCAGAGUUUCUGUUUUCUGUUCUCAUCUCAUCAAACAGGAGCUGGUGUGAAUUCCAUUUUCUUACUAAUAGUAUUAAAAUGGACAUUUUUGUGUAGCAUAUUUUUUAUGAUUUUAAAUUUGAAGACAUUUGUCUAAUUGUAUUUUUAAUGAAGAAAAGUGUUCAUUUAAUAAGAAAUGUCAAUACAUUCUACAGGCUAAGUACUAUUUAAAUGACUUAAGAAUAUACCAAUACGAAUAAUAGCAGCGGUUCUUGUUCAUUACUCCCCACAGAUGGCAGUGUUGCUACUUGAAUAAUUACCCAACCCCUGUUUUCAAACAUAAUCAUUAUUACCUUACAAAUUAUGACCAAGCCAAUGAACACCAAAAUCAGCGGUUGAAGGAUUUUAGUUCUGUUAUUGUGGUUUAGUUAGAUAUGAUUAUGUAGGUGACGGAGAAGGGCAGAUGCAACCAGUAACAGUGCCACAUUGUGUGUGUGUAGGAUUAAGUGUGUUAUCAUGCUAGACAGAGAAUGUGUAAAUGGGUCGAACAUUUCCUGCACAGAAAAAGAAAAUGAUAUUGCUUGUGAACUCCUGGUGAACUUUCCCACUUAUAGCUUGAUCACAGAAUUAUAGAGUCUUUGUGGAGAAUUUGCAGGAUGAGAUGUGUCUGAUGCCCAACAUGAAAGAACAAACACUGUUGUGCAUAACUAAAGCACUGUUCAUUUCAAAGUCCAGCAUUUCUGCCCAUGUAGUUAGCGAAAUAACUAAUAUUCUAACAGCAGCCCUUUUAAUCAA